AUGGCCAAGUGGCUCCGGGACUACCUGAGCUUCGGAGGCCGGCGACCCCCUCCGCAGCCUCCCACCCCCGACUACUCGGAGAGCGACAUCCUGAGAGCCUACCGCGCGCAGAAGAAUCUAGACUUCGAGGACCCGUAUGAGGACGCCGACAGCCGCCUGGAGCCGGACCCCGCCGGCCCCGGGGACCCCAAGGGCCCCGGAGACACCAAGAACGAUUCUCCCAAGCACCGGCUCAUCAAGGUGGAGGCCGCAGCUAUGACCAAGGCCAAGGCCCUGCUGGGCAGCCCUGGGGAACAGCCGGAAGCUGACACCGAAUAUUCAGACCCUUUUGAUGCCCAGCCUCAUCCGCCACCCCCAGAUGAUGGUUACAUGGAGCCCUACGAUGCCCAGUGGGUCGUAAGCGAACUGCCUGGCAGGGGGGUGCAGCUGUAUGACACUCCCUAUGAGGAGCAGGAACAAGAGCCAGGGGGCGACCCCCCUCCCGGGGGACAGAAACCUCGACAGAGCCGUCUGCCCCAGGAAGAUGAACGGCCAGCGGAUGAGUAUGACCAGCCCUGGGAGUGGAAGAAAGACCACAUCUCCAGGGCUUUUGCAGUGCAGUUUGACUGUCCUGAGUGGGAAAGGACCCCGGGUUUGGCCAAGGAGCUCCGGAGACCCCAGCCCAGGAGCCCCCAGCCUGCAGAGCGCGUGGACCCGGCCCUGCCCCUGGAGAAACAACCGUGGUUUCAUGGCCCGCUGAGCCGGGCGGAUGCUGAGAACCUGCUCUCCCUUUGCAAAGAAGGCAGCUACCUAGUGCGACUCAGUGAGACCAGCCCCCAGGACUGCUCCCUGUCGCUCAGGAGCAGCCAGGGUUUCCUGCAUCUGAAGUUCGCGCGGACCUGCGAGAACCAGGUCGUGCUGGGCCAGCACAGCGGCCCCUUCCCCAGUGUGCCCGAGCUGGUCCUCCACUACAGCUCACGCCUACUGCCUGUGCAGGGCGCCGAGCACCUGGCCCUGCUCUACCCGGUCACCACCCAGAACCCCUGA